AAACAGAAACGAAGAAAAAAGAACUCUCUUUACAGGAACUCUUUUAGCCUGUCAAAAUGAGCGGAGAUGACCGUCACGGCAAGAAGAAGAAGGUCGCCAUCAUCGGCGUGUCGGCGUUAAUUCUCGUGGCCAUGGUGGUUGCUGUGGCUGUUGGGGUUACCAAAAGCCAGAAAGGUGAAGAUGAUAAGAAACCAGCCACUACAUCCAAGGCCAUCGAAGCUGUCUGCCAACCAACAGACUACAAGGAAACUUGUCAGCAAACUCUAUCCCAAAACGCCGGCAACGUCACAGACCCGAAAGAGCUCAUCAAGGCAGCCUUCAAGAUCGCCAAGGACAAACUCCAAGAGGUGAUCGACAAGUCCGCCACCUUGCACGAGCUCGCCAAGGAUGACAUGGGCAACCAGGCCCUUCAAAAUUGCAAGGAGCUCAUUCAGUACUCCAUCGAUGAUAUACAGAGGUCGUUUGGGGGUAUGGGCCCAUUCGAUGUAACCAAGAUCAAAGCAUACGUCAAUGACCUCCAAUCCUGGCUUAGUGCUUCCAUAAGCUACGAACAGAAAUGCUUGGAUGGGUUCAACAACACACCUGGUCCAGCUGGGGACAAAAUGAAGGACUACUUGAAGCAAGCAAUGGAACUCACAAAGAACGGACUUGCCAUGGUCACUGAAAUCAACAAACUCAUGGUAGGUGGCGCCAUUAAACCCCAACGUCGUCUCUUGGGUGAGGAUGCUAAGAUCGUCCCCUCAUGGAUUGACGGGCGCAAGCUCGACCUUGCAACCGCUACUUCGAGCUCCCUGAAGCCCGACGUCGUGGUAGCCCAAGAUGGAAGCGGAAAGUAUAAGACUGUGAACGAGGCUCUCAAGGAUAUCCCUAAGGGUAACCAAAAGACGUUCGUGAUCUACAUUAAGGAGGGUGAGUACAAGGAGAAUCUGGAGCUUAGCAAGGAGAUGAGCAAUGUCAUGUUCAUCGGUGAUGGCCCUACCAAGACCAAGAUCACUGGUAACAAGAACUUCGCCGAUGGUGUCCAUCCAUUCAAAACGGCAACCGUCGUUAUCAUUGGUGACUUCUUCAUUGCAAAGGACAUGGGAUUUGAGAACUCAGCCGGACCCAAAGGCCAUCAAGCUGUGGCACUACGUGUUCAAUCUGACAUGUCCAUCUUCUACAACUGCCAGAUAGACGGUUACCAAAACACUCUUUUCACCCAGACCUACAGGCAAUUCUAUCGUGACUGCACCAUCUCUGGAGCCGUCGAUAUGAUCUUCGGUGACGCAUCCGUCGUGUUCCAAAACUGCAAGAUGAUCGUCAGGAAGCCCGAGUCAAAUGAUAAAAUCACGGUCACCUCCCAAGAAAGGAGUGACAAGCGCCAGCCUACCGCCAUUGUCUUCCAAAACAGCACCAUCAGCGCUGAGAAAGACUAUAAGGACACCAAAACAGCAUACUUGGGCAGGCCAGGACAGAUCUUCUCCAGGACUGUCGUGAUGCAGUCCCAGCUCGAUGACGUCAUCAACCCCGAGGGUUGGGCUGAGUGGACCGGACAACCCAACCAUGACUCAGUCUGGUUCGGUGAGUUCUCAAACAGAGGAAAUGGUGCAGCUACAAACAAGAGGGUGAGCUGGUUCAAGAUGGUCACUCGCGAAGAAGCCGACGAGUUCGCCCCCGGAAAACUUUUGUUGGGUGAUAACUGGAUCAAGCCCAGCGGUGUGUCGUAUGAGGCUGGACUGAUGCGUGUGUAA